GUGGGUCUGGGCGCUGCAGGAGUUCCGGGAGGUGAUCGUUGCAAGCCUGGCAACUGAGAUGAAGAAACUGAGGCCCAGAGAGGUGGCAUCACGUCACUUCUCAAGAUCGCACAGCUCAGCAGUAUCCAAGACAGAAUUCAGACCCUGGAGUCCCUACUUCCAGUCCAGGUCUUUGUGCUCCACACCUGUCUGUGUGUGACAUGUUUGAAGAAAGGUUUGUGGAAGAACGGUUUUAAGACCCAGAGGGAUUUGAGUUAGGAUCCUUUGCAGAUGAGGAUAUUGAUUCUCAAGAUGUAAAUUCCUUAUUUGAGGCCACAACAGACAAAGCAUCAUGGUGGGAGGCUUGAAGAGGAAACACUCAGAUUUGGAAGAAGAGGAGGAGGAAGAGAGGUGGGACUGGGGUCCGGCAGGCCUUCGGAGUUACCAGCAAGCCCUGCUCCGCAUUUCUCUAGACAAAGUCCAGCGCAGCCUGGGCCCCCGGGCACCCAGCCUCCGCAGACAUGUCCUCAUCCACAACACCCUCCAGCAGCUUCAGGCUGCACUUCAUCUGGCUCCUGCACCUGCUCUGCCCCCGGAACCUCUCUUCCUAGGCGAGGAGGAUUUCUCCCUGUCAACCACCAUCGGCUCUAUCCUCAGGGAGCUGGAAACUUCCAUGGACGAGACCGAGGCCCCACAGAAUCCAGUGGAUCCCCCGAACCUUCAGAAUGACUUGCUGCCCCAGCCUGAUCCAGUGUUCUUAGAGGCUCUGAGCUCCCGGUACCUGGGAGACUCUGGCCUGGAUGACUUCUUUCUGGACAUUGACACAUCUGCAGUAGAAAAGGAACCUGCCUUGGCCCCUCCAGAUCCUCCUCCUAACCUCUUCUGUGCCCCAGGAUCCUGGGAGUGGAAUGAACUAGAUCACAUCAUGGAGAUCAUUCUGGGGUCCUAAAACUUUGAGGGGGAUCCUUCUUCCUAUCAGUCUUAAUUGUCUGGAUCCCUGGGUGCAGCUCUGUGUGUCUGGGUUGGUGGAGGUUCUAAGCAGUGACUACAACCUCCAUUCCUCCCUUUCAGAGUUCCACAAACUGUCCUGCAUGUGUGUGUGUCUGGUUAGCCCAGCCUUCUGUGAAGGUGGGUCUUCCUGACUUAAUUUAUCUGUUCCAGAUGCCUUAAUGAGACCCUGUUUCUGGGAGCCCAAUUGCUCACACAUUUCUUCUGCCAUUUCCUUCACUCCCCUUCUGACCAUUGGGGUCUCAGGGAAGAUAAAGCUGGGCCUGUCAAAGGAUGCCAGGGAUGUGCUGUCAGAUUGCUCUGACCCAGGCUUUUGCACCGUAAGGGAGUUGGAGGGGCUGGUCUCCCCCACCCCUAGGCUGAACCCUACCUCCUUGGCAGGACCGCAGUUCCAGCAGCCUUCUGCUUCAUAACCAGGCCGGACCACGUGCAAUAGGGUGGGAACCAAACUGCUCCAUGCCACGUUAUUUAAAAGAAAGGCAGGGUUUGUGGUGGCUUUUUGUUUGUUUUUUAAUAAAAAUAUUUUGGAAGGAAUAA